AUGACGACUCUUCGUUCUUCCCAGUUCAUGGCGGCCCCUAUGCUGCUGUUUUCUUGUUUCUGUCUACUCACAGGCGACAUGUUAUUUGGAUUUGACACAGGGAGCUUCGGUGGGAUACUUGGUAAUCCGGGCUUCAUCAAUCAAUUUGGCACCUAUCGACCAGAAACACAGACCUAUAAGAUCAGUUCUCUCAACACUUCCCUUCUGUCAUCCAUGGCAUUUAUUGGAAAGUUCAUCGGUUGCUUGGCCGCGGGCCCCGCCAUUGAAAAGUACGGACACCGCAUGGUGUUCUAUGCUCUCUCGGUUACCUCGAUCAUUGGUGUCAUUGUUGAAAUCACCGCCGCCGAUGACGGACCCGGGACUGGACGCCUUGCACAAUUCAUCGUGGGCCGAAUCAUUGUAUACAUUUCUAUUGGUUUAGUAGAGGUUGAUGUGACAACAUAUCAGUCGGAAAUUGUUCCAGCCCCAUUCCGUGGUCUUGUUGUGAUCUCCUUGCAGCUCUUCCUUGUGGCAGGCAGUCUCGUUGCCAGCGGUGCUAACAAGGCUUACGAGACUGAAUCAGAGGGAGUGGGUUGGAAGACAAUAACAGGAAUUCAGCUUAUAUUCCCUGUCUUGAUCAUCAUAUGCAGCAUCUUCAUACCAAAUUCUCCCCGUUGGCUACUUUCUAAAGACCGAGAUGAGGAUGCUAUUGUAUCUCUACGUCGACUACGCCCCAAGGAAGAUGCGUCAAACGGCAAGUGUGAAGCAGAAAUUCGCGAGAUUCGAGAGUGUCUACGCGAAGUAGCAUAUAAGAGCUCGUGGAUAGACUUGAUCCGAGGAAGCAACCUCCGCCGCACAUCCAUCGUCAUCGUUUUUUACUUCUUUCAACAGGUCACUGGACAAGCAUUUGUAUCAACCUACCAAGUCAAAUUUUACCAGCAGAACGGAUAUGCAGAAUACGCGUACACCUAUCCUCUGGUCUGCAGCGUCCUUAGUGCCGUCGCUGUACUCAUAGCCAUGUGUUUUAUCGACAAUCUGGGUCGGCGGUAUACGCUCUUAAUGAGCUACGCCUUCCAAGCCCUUUGGAUGUAUGUAAUUGCCGGCCUAGGGGGCGUAUCCCACCCGACUACUACUUCUCGAAAUGCCAUCGUAGCAGCCUUUAUGCUAUACCAGCUAUUUUAUAACGCUGGUGGAGCCUCAAUUCCAUAUCUCUUAGGGGCAGAAAUUCCAAAUGGCGCAGUCCGUGAGAAAACACAGUCCAUUGGAACUGCAUGGAAUGUCAUUUGGGCGUUUUUGACGAAUUUCAUCAUCCCGUAUAUGAUGGAGCACAUCCACUUUGGCAUCGGGUGGGUAUUUGGCAGUGUCUCUCUCGUGGCUUUGCUAUAUACAUUCCUCUUUCUUCCAGAAACCAAGGGCCGGACCCUUGAAGAACUGGAGGUCGUCUUUGCCCAUGCGUAUAAUCCUUUCCGCAGGAUCGACUCGUCUUAUAUGAACGGGGAAGUAGAUCCCGUAUCUCCGAACUGCUCCGACGCGCCUAUUUACUUCAAUCCUGAUUCCGGUAAGCCUCAUACACACGUUGAGCACGAAUAA